AGAGAGAGAGAGAGAGAGAGACUGAGACUGUCUCGGCGGGAACUAAACAGAGAGAACACAAGACAGAGAGCGACCCAGAGUUGAACAAGAACGGAGAUGGAGAGGAUUUGAAAGAGUGACGGAGGAAAAAGGAUUUAAAAGAAGAAAAAGGAGAGAUAUUAAUACAAGUCACCGUAUUUAGCUUAACAGGGUCAACCCUGCAUCUGCAGACUGCCAGCCGGAGACGGGACAUCGCGCACGAGUUAAAGAGGAGAAGGAACGUGAGGAAGGACGAAGAGGGUCUGUGUGUGAUGGCCGUGGAGGUCCGCUGGACGACCGUGCGCGCGUGUGCCGUCCCGAAGAGCGAAGAGGAAGGCUAAGGACCCCAUGAAACCCCUCAGCACUCCAACAACACAUACACGGACGAGAAUGAGCGGAGAUGUUCUCUAGCUGACCUCCUGCAGCGAACCAGCAGCAUGGGUGUGUUUUAGGACUGGGCGAUAUGGACGGAUAAUAUCACCACAACAUAUUUUUACAUAUCAUUCAAUAUCGGUAGUUAUUGAUCUUUAUUUGUAUUUUCUAAUAUUCACAUUUAAACAACAGUAUUUUGAACCCUGGAAAAAAACAAGGCAGAUGUGAGAAGAAGUUGCAUCUAAUGCUUUUAUCUCCUCUUGUUCUGAGACAUUUUCAACAAAGCUUUUUGCAUUUUUACUGGAAAAAAACCAACUGCUUAGCAUCUGGCUGCUGGGAGUGAACAGCCAGACUUCUGCUUUUACAGCGUAGAAGCGUACUAGUGCACCGAAGAAGCAACUUGCUGCUAAUAUCGGAUUCAAAAACAGAUCGUCAUUGUUUUAGUGAAAAUACCUCGACUGCGCAUUAUGGAUACCGCAAAAGCAUCUGAUUUCAGUCAUCAUUAGAAACUGUUUUGAUGGUUGAGAUUUUCAAGAUGCCUUGAAUCGUUUUUUUGCAAUCAAAUCAAAGCGUUGAGGUCAAAUCUUUCCACCACUGCUAAUCGUAGUUGUCCUAGUAUCGCCCAGGCCUCUUAAGUGAGUGGGCGCAUGGCCGCGGGCAGGCUGGUGCUGGUGGCCGUGGCUGUGGCCUUGGCCUCCCUGCUGCUGAACGUUACAGCGGCUAUGGGCUCCGGCUGGGUCUUGCAGGCGCUGGAGGAUGGACGCAAGCGCAGUGUCGGGCUCUGGAGGGUGUGUAUUCAUGCCAACGAUGGUGACGGGGAUACACAAGCUCUGAUGCGCCCGCACGCACCCUGCCAGACACUGGGCUGGGGCUCGGACUUCGCUGGGUACCAGGAGUCACGCAGCACCGUCAAACUUCAGUUUGACAUGAUGCGGGCAUGUAACCUGAUGGCAACGGUGGCUCUGACCGUGGGUCAGCUGAUCUUCCUGCUGGGGCUUCUGAAGAUAAAACACAUCACCCAGGAUUCUCCAUGGUGGGAGGAGGCCAUCGCUGCCCUGUUCCAGCUGGCCAGUUUCGUGCUGGUGAUCGGUCUGGUGUCCUUCUACAGGAUUGGCCCGUACACACACCUCUCCUACUCCUGUUACAUAAACAUCGCCGCCUGCCUGCUGGCCACGCUGGCCGCUGCCAUGCUAAUCUGGAACAUCCUCCAUCGCCGUGACGACUGCCUGACCCCGCCCGUCAUCGUCAUCAGCCGAUCGCUCGCCAUGCCGUUCAGGCCGCGCCUCGACAACGACUACGUGGAGUCGCCGUGCUGACACAUGCACGGCCUUCUUGAGGGACGAGUCAAGAUUUCGAGGAGGUCACACUAUUAAACAAACACACAGGCUUUACAUUAACGAGGAUAGAAGCUCAGGAGCGACUGAGGACCCUGAGGAUGAAACGGAGGCAUAAUGUGGAACUCGGGAAUGUUCACAUUCGCAGAAUUCCAGUCAGGCCUGCUGAACCUGUGCACGCACGCACGCACACACACACACACACACACACACACACACACACACACAGCUGUUAAUGUUAACUGAUGUAUUUGACUCCAGGUGAUUUUGAGCCAUUUCUAUUGGUCCAUUCACCAUGAAAUUGCCAGAGAACAAAGAACAGCGAACAUUUCCAAACAAUACAAAAGGUUUUGUCCCAUCAGCGAGGAAAUGCUGCCCUCAUUUUUUGUCCAAAUUCCCGGAAACAUUUGGCCUAAAAGGUACAUGCGAAUGUCAUGACAUCUAAAAUUGUUUUGAUUUCCAUCCUGUUGUGGAUUUUUACGGAUUUUUACUUUCACGGUUUCAUUAUGUAUGAAAAAGCUUGAACACCCUCAGUUUCUAAGGCAAAAAUAAGUUAACAUGCACUCUCAGAAAUAAAGCUACUAAACCAUCUCUGGGUCAGUUCCUCUCCCAUCACUGGGGUGGUUCCCUCAAGGCUCCACCUCAGUGCCUUCAGUCAGGGA